UGUGGAACGGCUGAAAAAUUUUCAUUCCUUCAAGAACCUUUAACAAAAGCGCAAGUUUUCAUUUUUGGCAAGCUACUUCAUUCGGCACAGAAGUCAGAAGUAGGAACCAAAUUUCCGGUUUCAUCACUAGUUUCAAGAUAACCAGAAACCUCAAAAAUGUCAAUCAUAUGGACAAAUUUGAUGAAACCGAGUUAUUCGAAAUUAUUCAGCUUAACGUUCAGACGCGGCUAUGCGAACUUCAGCGCCGAAAAGUGCGCAAGCCCUCCUUCGAAAGGGAUAAUUCUUGGUAUUUAUGCCGACGAAGACGAUGUAUUUGAUUCGGGCACAUUAACUCCAGCCGGAGCUAGGUAUAAUGAGGCUGCAACCAACGGUCGUCUAAUGGAGCUGAUUCGUUUGGCCGGUCCGAUUCCCAAACGAGGCGAUGUUAGGAUUUUCUAUGACUUAGAACCCACCUUCAAGGCGGUAGCGGUUUGUGGCCUUGGAAGCGACUGUCUGGGAUAUGAUUCAGUCGAGAAGCUGGACGAGUCCAAAGAAGCCAUCCGAAGAGCGACUGCGACAGGAUGCCGCGAACUGCAGAAGCUGGAGACCAACUUUAUCUACGUGGAAGAUAUGGGCCACGCGGAGUCCGCAGCGGAAGGGGCGCUUAUGAGUGUUUGGAUCAAUCAAGAUUUGAAGCAACCGGAGAAACGAAAAUUUGUGCCACACUGCCAGCUGUAUGUAGAACGUGGGCUACCUUGUGAUGGCGACGGAUGGCGGAUUGGUCUGAUCAAAGCUGAUGCGCAGAACCUGGCCAGACAGCUACAGGAAGCGCCUGCUAAUCUGAUGACACCGACUAUGUUUGCACAGAAUGUGGUGCAACUGCUGGCCAAUUCAGGAGUGAAUGUAGAGGUGAAAGUAAAAAGCUGGGCUGAGGCACAGGGCAUGAGUUCCUUUCUGGCGGUCGCAAAAGGAUCUUGCCAACCUCCUAUUUUCCUGGAGCUCAGCUACUAUGGAGCCGGAGGCAAGGAACGUCCAAUAGUGCUAAUUGGCCAAGGAAACACUUUCGAUAGUGGCGGUCUGUGUAAAAAAUCAUGCGAUGAAAUGCAAAUGAUGCGUGGAGAUAUGUCGGGGGCUGCUUGUGUUGUUUCUACGUGUCGGGCUAUUGCUUCGAUGAAUUUACCGGUGAAUAUUCGUGGAUUGAUUCCUCUCUGUGAGCACAUAAUUGGCUGCAAUGCUGUGAAGCCCGGCGAUGUGAUCGCUAUGAAGAAUGGCAAGAGCAUUGAAGUGGUAAAUGCGGAUUUAGAGGGACCACUGGUGCUGGUGGAUGCCCUGCUGUAUGCCGAAACGUUUGGGCCUAAGUACAUUGUAGAUGUCACAACAUCUUCUUCCCGAGUGGAUGAUUCGUUGGGUAAAGUUUGUAGCGCUGUUUACACCAAUUCAGAACAACUCUGGCAGCGUAUCAAAAACGCCGGAGUACACACGGGCGACCGAGUAUGGAGACUACCGCUGUGGAACUACUUCACACAACAAAUUUGCUCAGCCACCCAUGUGGACGUUCAGAAUGUUGGACGCGGUGUGGGAGGAGAGCCAUGCUUUCAAGCUGCUUUGCUAAAUGAGUUCCUUCCCUGUGGUCAAUGGAUGCAUAUCGAUGCGAACAACGUGAUGACCACCAAAGGAGUUGACUAUCCAUAUCUGAGGUCCGGGAUGGCUGGACGGCCCACGAGAACGUUGAUAGAAUUCAUUGCCCGAAGCGUUUGCAAACCUUCGGACCCAUGUGCGCUACCGUCAAAUCAGAAAUUGUCCGAAAACUCUAAAUCUGUUUAGUCAUAUUUAUUUCAUUGAGAAUGUAUAAAAAUGCUGUGUAAAAAAAAAAUCACUAGAUAAUGUACAAAUUUAUAUAUGAACGAUUGUUACAACAUAAAACAUAUUAGGAUAAUUAAUAGUUUCAUUCCUCCUCGCAUUAAUAUAGCAAUUUGAUGAAGAUAUUUUUAUGUAUUUCGUGAGUCUCAGAAGCUCGACCAACGAUUAAUUAUGAAAAUUAUUAAUAAACCUCAUCACCUACUCUUUUAUGAAUGAA